UCUUUAAAGUUCCAAUUUUUUCUCCACUCCCUCACUUUCCCCUACGAACCCUCUCUUACUCAUCUCCUACUGUCUUCUCUCACAAUACUAGUGGUCUGCAAACAAACUGGUUGGGGGAUUUUGGUUGUAGGCGCAAGAACAGAAAAGGCACGGACAGGAUACGAACAAUAAAGGAAAUGAGUGACGAGGAGGGUGAAUUUCUUGAUUGUCAGUAUGAUUCCUUCGUUCUAGAAACAGUGGUACCGUCGGGCCCUUUCGGUUUCCCAAACGUACCAUUACCAAAGCCACAAGUGAUGACAGAAUUGCAAAGUCUCCUAGACAAUACCAAGGCUGAAUUGGUGAAGAAGAAUGAUGAGCUAAAUGAAUUGCAAAGCAUCUUGGAAAAUACCAAGGCUGAAUUGGAGAAGAAGAAUGAUGAACUUAAUGUAUUGCGAAGCCUCCUGAAUAGUACCAAGGCUGAAUUGGCGAAGAAGAAUGAUGCACUGAAUGAAUUAAAGAAGCAGAAGAUUGAUCUGGACUGGAAUCCCGAACAAUACCGACUGUCUAUUGUUGCAAUCACAAAUUCAAUGAAGAGAGUGUUUGUUGACUUUGGUCUUGAACCACCAGCAAAUGGAGAUCCAAAGUCUGUGCUGAAGUUUCUUGAGAUGUUACAUGAUCUGAUCAUUCACAAAGAAUUCAGUUCCACUUUCUUAGUAGCCGCGAAAGGGAUAUUGUCUUCGAUUGCAAGUAUAUUUGAGAAACGCAAUGGCUUAAGCAUUGGCAUGGAAAUAAUGAAUAGUGGUCUUAGUACUCCAGCCCGUCUCAUUGAGAGUCUAUUUACCUUAAGAGGCUUUAUUGAUUCCCACUUCUUUAUUAAUGGAAAUGUUAUAGUCAAGGAUUUUUGCCUGAUGAACGAGGAUGACCUCCCAGUUAUAUUUCAAACUUCUGCAGCAGAUGUGGUGGAGCUGAAGCAGAAGAAGAUAGGUACGAAACCAAUCAAUAACAUCGACAAAAACUCUAUCUUCUAUGGGUAUUUCAACAUUCCAACAGUGGGGAUGUUCAAGGGUGUUUUGACGAGAGUUCAUGUCAAUCUACCAGAUGAGAUCAUGGUGAAACUUCAAGUUGGAACACAUAACCUUAAUGAUAAAAAGUUUUGGUUUGUCUCUGCCAAUGGAGCAGGUAUAUUUGAAAAGGAGCUUUUGAGUCCUGAAUCGAUAGGCAAUAUAAGCAAUCUAGAAGAUUUCAAAUUCUCCCCUUCUCGGAUCUUAGGUGGCCGGGCCGACUUCUUAGGGUUUUUCUGUAGGAUGAAUCGAAUCUUCGUCAAUGAGAAGGGGACAUAUCUCAAGUUUGAGUUUCUUGCUGGCAAGUAUUCAGGACCACGGGCUUUUUUUGAUAGUAGGGUUCGUUAUUAUAAUGAGGAUGGUGCAAUGUUUGAUCCUUUUCAAUUGGUGCAGUUUAAUGUGAACACACCUGCAACUGAUAUCUUAUAUCGAGAAGUUUAUUUACCUGUGCCAAACUUAAAUGCUUCGGGGGAGAAUUAUGCCACUUGGAUUGUGAAUGAAGCUCUAGAAAACGAGUGUGCUUUCACGUUGAAUGGCUUCUGUUUUAUGGGGAAAAUAAUGAAAGCCUCCGGUAAUUUCCGUGAGAACGCUUUGGUCAGUGUGUUCUUCGAACAAAGUCAAUAUGGGGAGAAUUGUUAUGUGGAUGCUCUAGCAACAACUUUCUUUGUUUUGAAAACAGAGAAAGUAGAAAUAGUGAAUUACAAUGAUAAGCCAAAGCCUCCAAAAUUUGUUUAAAAGGAGUGCUCUAUAGUUUACUUUAUUUUAGUUUGUUUGAGUAUUUUUAUAUGUCUAGUAAACAUUCCUGAAGGAUUCUCUAUGUAUAAAAUGUCAUAUGUCUCCAAGGUUU